UCACCGCUGCGUAUUUAUCCCCGAUAGAAGGCUUCUAUCUUCAUAUCAGUACAGAAGCUAAGCCUACAACUCACAUAAUCGAGAGCUAGAGAUACAGAGAAAGGGAGAUCAUAAACAUGGAAGAAAUACGUAAGGCUGCUUUAGCUUACUACAAUAACUUGCCAAAGGAUCUACAGAAGCUGGCAUCUGCAAAAUUCAAAGAAAUUGAUUCAAGUGGUGAUGGCACAAUAAGCAUCGAGGAAUUCAAGAAGAGUAUGGGAAGCUCUUUCCACAACAACUCUGUGAUCAUGGAGAGAAGCUUCAAGGAGCUGGACAACAACGGAGACCGCAAGUUGGAUUUCAACGAGUACAUCACUCUUUACUAUCUUGUAGAGAGCGGUAGGGUGCUGAUUUAUUGUGCGGGCAAUGGAUGUAAGGCCGCACCUUUUCUCAAGGGACUCUAUUUCACUUGCGUCGACUGCUUCCACCAUAACAAAAAUGGAACUUUCGAUCUCUGCACCUCUUGCUACCACAAUGCAGACUUUGUUCAUGAACACACAAACUUUGUGGAUAACCAUGUGUUACUUCGUUCCAAGGCUGCUUGUUGUGAAUCCACAUCUGAGCCAUGCUCUCCUGGGUCUGAUUCUGAGUCCAAUCAAGUCAGUCGAACUGGAUCAAAGGGAGUGCCAGUUAAUCGAUCUGGAUCAAAGAGGAGGGCACUACUUGGAGCAAUCAAAUCUGGAGCGAGUGUUACACGUGCAGUAGGAAAUAUGGCUUCUGAUGUUGCUUCUUGCAGCAUCAUGUGAUUGAUCUACAACUAUUUGUGACAGUUUCAUCGUAUUUCAAUACGUACGCAUGAUGCAUCUUGGUUUGAAUUAAAGCGUGGAGAGAAUAAGGAUCGUUGUUAAUCCAUGUUGGUAAUGAGAUUUAUUUUUAGGGUGUUAUUAUCAUUUUAUCUUUGCUAGGGUUUUAAUACAUAAAGCCUUUGUAUUACAAUAACCUAUCUUGCUAUGAGUGCGUCCCACUACAAAGCUUUUAUCUAGAGGACUAAUAAACUAUUACUACCUGGUGUUCCAAA